AUGUCAACGAAGAACAGAACCCGCAGAACAACAACCCGCAACAUCCGCUUUCCUAACCAAAUGAUUGAACAAAUUAACAUCGCUCUUGAGCAAAAAGGGUCCGGGAAUUUCUCAGCCUGGGUCAUUGAAGCCUGCCGUCGGAGACUAACGUCAGAAAAGAGAGCAUAUACAUCAAUUAAAAGUGAUGAAGAAUGA